GCGGAGGCCAGUGGCUCUUCUCUAAGAUGGCGGUGCUGUCUGUGUCCAGCAUAACCAGAAGAGGCUUCACGUGGAUGGUUACAGGGACACCACGCAGAGAAUUUUGGUCUCGAUCCAGAAAAAAGGAAGAACCAGUGGUGGCUGAGACAGUAGAAAAGGUGAGGAAUGAACCUGUCCUGGUGUGUCCACCCUUACGAAGCCAAAAAUACACGCCACCUGAAGAUCUCCAGAGUCGUUUGGAAUCUCGUGUUAAAGAAGUUUUUGGUUCAUCUCUUCCUAAUAAUUGGCAGGACAUCUCUUUGGAAGAUGGUCAUCUGAAGUUCAGUCUCUUGGCAUGUUUAGCUGAUGACUUGGGCCGUGCAGUGCCUAACUCUAGGCUUCACCAGAUGUACAGGGUCAGAGAUGUUCUUGAUUUUUAUAAUGUCCCUGUUCAAGAUAGAUCUAAAUUUGAUGAAUUUGCUGCCAGUAAUCUGCCUCCCAAUUUGAAAAUCACUUGGAGUUACUGAGCAAUUCAGAAGAGGAAUCAUUAUUUUCCCUGAACAUGGGGACUGCUUAUUAGACCUUUUGAUACUUUACCAUGUGAAAUGCUAUCAGAACUAUUCUCCAAAUCUACUUUUUCUGUAGAAGAAUGCAUCAUCUUUUUUUUUCUCUUGUGUCUUGAAUUGAGGAUUCAUUUUCACAUUUGCUGAAACCACUUUUUUAAAAGUGGAAUUAGGUCAUUAAUAAUUUAUAAUUUUUUUUUCCUACGGAGGACACUAUAAUUAACUUGUGCUUAAGAUAGGAAGCCAUUACAAGUUGAAAUGUGAUCCUUUACCCUUCAUAGGAGUAAAGUAAUAGUUGCUAGAAUAUGUUUUAAUCCUGUUAGGACUCAAAUCUAAGAAUAUAUAGCACAUAUAAAAGUAAGGGAACUUGUACAAGAUUAGAUAUUUAUAAAAGAAACAUAAAAGUCUGUGUUAUGUAUUAUAGAAAGUUGUUUCUUUCACUGUAGAAAUAGAAAUGAGAUUGCAUUCUGGAUCAAUUUCUUCAGGAAUUAAAGCAGAUUUCUCAAAG